AUGCACGCAAUAACGGGCAGAAUUAAAGCGGUGGAGAAAGACACACUGGACCUGCAGGCCCAAAAGGUGGCCCUAUUCACCAACCACGAAGAGCUAUCACAGGCUCAAGCAACCAUGGCACACCACUUAUCGACCACAAAGACCAGAGUCAACGCAGGAACCUCAAAUUACGGGGUGUUCCAGAAGCA